AUGGCACUCAACAUAACAAACUCAACAAUGUCAACAAUGCGCGCCGUAGCCUGGUUCGGCCAACCCUACAACGUCUCGGUAAUCGACAUGCCCGUUCCCACAAUCCUCAACCAAACAGACGUCGUCGUCCGCAUCACCUCCUCCGCCAUCUGCGGCUCCGACCUCCACAUGUACCACGGCUUCGGCGGCUCGCCCAACUUACCCUACGGCUUCGGCCACGAGGCCGUCGGCUACGUCUCCAGCGUCGGCGACGCCGUCUCGAGUCUUACGGUUGGCGACUACGUCAUCAUCCCAGACAACGCCGACGACGGGCACUGGGGCCCCUCGCACCCCCUGUCCUUUGGCGUUGGAAAUUCAAACUACGGAGGGCUGCAAGCUGAAUACGCAAGAGUUCCUUACGCCGACACUUCCCUCAUCCCCAUCCCAAUAACCUCGACCAACAACACGGCCGAGCUCGACUACCUCAUGAUCUCAGAUGUCUUCACAACAGGCUGGCACGUCCUCUCCUACUCAGGCUUCCAACCCGGCGACACAGUCGCCAUCUUCGGCGCCGGCCCCGUGGGCCUCCUAGCCGCCUACUCAGCCAAACUUCGCGGCGCCUCGAGGAUCUACAUCGUCGACCGCAUCCUCAGCCGCCUCGAGCAAGCCGAAUCCUUUGGCGCCAUCCCCAUCGAUUUUUCCCAGGAAGACCCCGUAGAAGCAAUACUAAAUCGCGAGCCCGGAGGCGUGACGCGCAGCAUCGACUGCGUGGGUUUCGAAUCCGUCAACGCCACGGGCGACCCCCACAACGGUAUCGUGCUGGAGAACAUGGUUGCGGUGACAGCUGUGUAUGGAGGGAUGGGCAUCGGCGGCGUCUACAAUGGUGGCGCAAACAGCACCGAAGGAGCGCCCAAUGCGGGGACCCUCCCGGCGGAAAUUCCCAUCCCUAUGGCCUCGCUCUGGAGGAAGGGACUGUCUGUCGGAACAGGUAUUGUUCUGCCUUUGCUGAGGGCUCCUCCCUUGCUGAACUUGAUUUCGUCUGGCGUCGCUAAGCCGAGCUUCGUGGUCACCGCGGAGAUCGACAUUGAGGAUGCGCCAGAGUACUACCGCCGCUACAGCGACCACGUGGAAAACAAAGUCGUCAUCCGGUUCCCUUAG